AUGCCCCGUUCUGUAGCUAGCAGAGGCAGUAGGACUUCAGCAGGGGAAGGGUCACAGAAUGCUGCAAUGAACAGCGACCAUAUAAUGCCCGAUGUCAUAGCAGAGACCCAAGAAAGAGUUCAGACACCCCCACGGAAGCGGGCCAGACGGACUCGGACUCCUACUAACUCCUCUACCUCGUCGAGCACAAGUCGAAGCUCUGAGCCCGUCCCGGCUAGUGCCAUGUUGAUCGAACUUACUACCAUCCUUGGGAGUCGCGGAGAGUACCACAUGAGGCAGCUCGUAUCGAAGCUUGUCGACAGGCGCAGGAAUAAUGAAGCUAGCAUAUUGUCAACAGUCAUCAAUGUCAUUAUUGCUGGAGCUGGAUGCAAGGAACUAGUCAGACCAGGCGACGUAGAUGCUGCAGUGCAUACUCAAGGAGUGUCCUCCGCUGCUGUUGAUGACCUUGCUCAAAUGGUGGUGGAGGCAUACCAGUUAACCGAAGGCGGCACCUCACUGCCUCGUCUGGUGGUUUUGAGGCAGAAGCUCGCCUUGUCUUCUGCUGGAAAGAAGAGCGCCGAGAAGUCCUCGUCGAGUCGGCUGCGACACCUUCGCAAUUUCGAGUGCUUCUUCCGUACACUCUACUACACGCUCGCUGGUGACGGUAUGGACGGUCUUCAACUCAUAGCUAGACUGAACUCUUUCUUGCUCGGUGUCCCUGGCAGCACCCAACGCGGGGGCCCAUCCUUGGCAACUGUGGCGGUACUUCACGUCCGUAUGGUUGCAACAGUGGCAGCUUGCGCCGGCUGCGUGGGCCUUCUCGAAAUCAUCAAGGGCCAGGAAGCCGAUAUAAAGCACGCGGAGAUGACUGCCCCACUGGGCGGUCGGGUCCCCAGCCGGUCUGCAGCCGACCACAUGAAGCAGUCCCUUGAGCGUAUGAUGGGAGUGUUGCGAGGGAUGACCAGCAUCCUGGGCCUCGACCGCUGUCAUGAUUCGUCAGAGUCCAUCAGAGCGCUGGUGUUGUCUCAUGCCGGCUUUGCCUCGUGGAUGGGCACUAUCGAUGACGAAGAUUUAUCUGCAGCAGUCAUUGCGAGGUUGGUGCCGGGACUGGCAGAUCGUAGCCCAGUCGUCAGGGGAACGAUUCUAGAGCAAACAUAUCGGUCCUUGAAAGCAGACAUCAAGACUGUGCCGUUGAGUCGACCACAGCUGGCCACACUAGCGCCAUGUGUCCUCCGCCGCUGCUUCGACUUGGACUCCACUGUGAGGUUGUGGGCCGUGAAGUGCCUCAACGCCAUCGUCGAGUCGUCGGACGCCUUGAAUGACGACCACGACGAUAUUGACGUUGACGAGGGACAAGUCCUCAGUGACCAGGGCUUCCAGUUAGUGUCGAACCUGGUUUGGCAUCCAGAAUUGGCCCUGCGAUCGGAAGCUAUGCUUUUCGUGGACGCCCACGUCUUUGGUGAUCCCGGGGUUCUCCGGGGAUGGCCGGUCGGAGAGGAAGCCUCAUCAGCUGAGUCGACUACUGCCCUGCUCAUGAUCGUGGAGUUCAUCAUUCAAUACGGGAACAAUUCGGAGAUCCCCGAGUUGACCUACAGACUCGCUGAAGCUAUCUACAGCCUCAGCCCCACCCGCCGCUGUUAUCUCUGCUGCUUCAUUUCUUACACGGCACUCCUCUUGGGUCUGGACACCUCUCAGCAGGCAUCACAGCCGUCGGCAUCUCCUGCCGAGAAGACGGUGCUGCUGGCGCUCCUGUUGGCGACCGUCCGCUUGUGUGGGAGCGAGUUCACCACUGAGACCAUCCUGGAAGGCCUCAACGGAUCCACUGAGGAGCCCUGGAUCCGGGUGGUCCUCGAGCAAUUCCGAAACAGCCCCGAAGAUCUGGUACUCGUUGCAGAGAUUGUCCGACAGCUACUGCGGAAGGACGAAGACUGCAAAGGGCUGGAUAGCAGUAGCGUUGAGGCUUUGGAGUCUCUUUUGAUUGAGACUACCGAUGAUACUUUGCUGUCUCUGUCGGCGGAUCUGCUGAGUGUGCAGUAUGCGGUAGGAGAGGCCCCAGCCGUUCUCGCGUCCCUGCAGCAGAAGUGCUCCGAGCUGGUUCAACUUCCUGGCAACACAGAGCCUCUAACGCUAGAGCUUCAUCGUAUGGUAGCCUUAUCGAAGCACUGGGAUGUGAUUGGGGAUGACUACAGUUUACUCGCCAACUUACUAGAGCUGGCAGACCGGCGAGUUGCGGCAUUGGAAGCCAAUUCCCCCCUUGAAAACGUUCCUGCUCCAGAGCUCAUCACUCUGGUUCUUCUUACUUUGAUAUUGACUUCAAUGCGGCGGCUCUACAGUGAGGAGUGGUCAGAUGGCACAGCAGCGGAGGAGCACCAGUUGUGCAUUGCUGAUCUCGGCAUGUUGUGCUUGGGCAUCAUCGAGCACGACGUUGCGGAGGAGGCGGCGGGACUGCGAUUUACGGCCUUCGUUGCUCAGCUCUUCUUAUUAGAUCUCAUUGGCAACUCGGAUCAACUGCGAGGUGAUAGGAGUCCUGCAGACGUCGAUAGGAUCCUGGGCGAGUAUGUGCAAGAACUCAUGCUCGAGGCAUCCCUCCCAGGUGAGAGGGCCGGUCAUGUUGCUGAGCUCCACACAUGUUUUGCUGAUAGGCUCAGUGAAGCUAUUGCAAAGUUGGCCUCCUGCGUUCAACGAGGCCGUCUCCUUGGUCAUGGCUCGGCCCACUGGGACUUCAUUUGA